AUGAAGCUCAAAUCAUACCUGAACUUUGAUGCAGAUCGACCACUUGCUGGGUUUGUGAAAGAUGCUAUAAUCAACAAACACGUUAAAAAUGGGAAGCCGAGCCCAAACGUGAUGGCCAACACCGUCUUGCAGACAUGGCAUGUAAACGUACGACCUAACUCUCGCCUACCCCGUCACAUUGCAGGUAUGCUGCGAGUGGCCGGAGAAUUGAAUAUGCGACUCGACAUGCAGAUGCCGUCGCAGGAGGUCCACCGGCAAAUUCCUAUAUGGCACCAUAUAGGGUUCAAGGAGAAGACGCAGAAGAGAUAUGGUUCGAAGGCAUACAAAUGUCUGGCAAUGAACCACCGUGUCGAGACAGCAGGGGAGGCUGCAGAUGCAACAAAAUGCCUAUCUGACAUGACACAUACUAGCCAGAAGAACUGCAAGUGUGACAGCUGCAGACGGGAUAGAAUGGAAAGAGGCUGCGAAAACCCACACAAAUGUGCUGUGGCGGCAAAGAACGUCCUGGACAAACUGGUGGAGAAAUGGGAUCCGCGUCGCCCAAAUGUCGACAAUGAAAAGGGAUUGUCGCCUGCAGACAAGGAGCAUAAUCUAGAGGAAAGUGAAAACAACGGUGUCAUAAGGUUUGACCCAGGCAUGGAUAACGAAGACUCCCUCACAGAUGGAAUAAGGAUAUUCACCUCGGGAUGGGAUACUUGCCCCAGACAAGCCUCCAGGAAUGGCAGGCCUGAAACAAAUGGUGAGGAUGCAGGCACCAUAUCAGUAGCCUACACAGAUGGAAGCGCAUACAAUAAUGGAACCGCUGAGGCGCGAGCUGGUGCUGGAGUGUGGUUUGGAGACAAUGAUGAACGGAAUAUCUCCAUACGUUUACCAGGCCCGCACCAGACGAACAACUCAGGAGAAAUUCGGGCCGUC